AAAGCGUCAGCGUACUUUACAUCAACGCGUCGGCGCGUAACAGCCGGCGGAUGAGUUUUGGCCAGAAGAGGCCACCGUUGAGGGGCGCGGCGACGCAGCCGCAGUCUCGCAGACGCCGUUCACGUGCCGACAGAAAAGCCGAGUUAAUUCCGCAGAUCAUCUGCGAGCUACUAUGGCUCAGCCGGGAACUCUGAACCUCAAUAAUGAGAUGGAGCUCUGUUAUAAACCGUAAAGAUACAAAGGUCGUGAAGAUGAGGAAAGAAGUGAAGAGAAUCCGAGUUUUGGUUAUCCGAAAACUUGUCAGGAGCGUUGGCAGACUGAAGUCAAAAAAAGGUACUGAAGAUGCACUGUUAAAAAACCAAAGACGGGCACACCGAUUACUUGAAGAAAUUCAUGCCAUGAAGGAAUUGAGACCUGAUGUAGUAACUAAGUCUGCUCUUGGUGAUGACAUAAACUUUGAAAAAAUCUGCAAAAAGCCAGAUUCUACCGCGACUGAAAGAGCAAUUGCCAGACUAGCAGUACACCCUCUUCUGAAGAAAAAAAUAGAUACACUGAAAGCUGCUGUCAAAGCCUUUAAAGAUGCAAGACAAAAUACUGCUGAAGUUAAGUCAUCAAAUGCUUCAGAAGAAAAUCGUUCCAAGGAAACUUUGUGUUCAAAUGAUGAUGAAAAGAAGUUGCAGCAUGAAGGAACUAUUUUCAGUGAGCAGAAAGAGAAAGAAGUCAAAAUAUUGGCAAAUAAACCAAUAAAUAAUGCAAAGGAAAAAAGGGGCAAGAUGGACUAUGGACCCAAUGCAAUGAACAUUCCAAUUUCUCCAACAAAACCUUCUGAAGAGGAUUCUGUAGUUUUGUCUCCAUCCCAGAAGACACCGGCUGACCUAAAAAUUAACACAUUAAGUCAAACCAAAAAAAAGGAAGCAUCCAAUAGCUCAGUUGGUGAUAACAGUGAUGGAGAAGAAUUACAUGAGGAAGAGAAGGAGUAUUUUGAUGAUAGCACAGAAGAAAGGUUUUACAAACAGUCUUCCAUGUCUGAGGAUAGUGAUAGCGAUGAUGACUUCUUCAUUGGGAAAGUCAGACGGACACGAAAGAAGGAGAGUAGCUGCCAUUCUUCAGUAGAGGAACAAAAAAACCCAAAAAAAAUGUUACCCGAAGAAGAAACACUCAAAACUCACUGGGUUAUGAAAGAGGACAAAAACAAGCCAAAUACAGAAUCCAGGAAGUUUGAAUCAGUAUUUUUCCACUCAUUAUCUGGAUCUAAAAGCUUCAGAAGAAGUUCCAGAGAACAGGCUCCAAAAAGCAAAAUCCCAGGUUUUCAGCAAAAUGAACCUGAAAUCAAGAAUCAAUUUAAUAAUAGUAAACAAAGAAGACCUAACAAUACAAAACAGCAAUUGCAGCUGCCUCUUCAUCCUUCAUGGGAAGCAAGCAGGAGGCAAAAAGAACAGCAAUCUAAAAUUGCUGUGUUUCAGGGGAAAAAAAUUACAUUUGAUGAUUGAUUAAUGCCUCUUCUUGUGAACUCUUCUAUCUAAAAAAAAAAAAUUUCUUUAACUGACCUCUAUUAUUUACACUUGUCAUUGAAUUAAUCUUUUAGUGGGUUAUAGAAAUAAGUUUUUCUUUUUUAAGUGUGUCCAAGCUUAUAGAAGCCUUUCAUAAAUCAAAUAUAUAACUAAAGUUGUAUUUUUUAUAGUAUGUCCCAGGCUAUUUCCUGUAUAAAAG